CCACUGUGCCCCCCUGACUGUGCUAACCACUGCACCACUGUGCCCCCCGGUUCCAUCAAAGGAAGCAAAAGUAGAACAGAUGAAAUAUCAUCAGCUAUUAAAGCAGACAAUCUUCCAUCUAGUAAUGGCAGCUGUAAUUAGUCCAGAUGCUUGGAGGAGGGGAAAGAGGAGGGAAAGAAAUAGAGGAAAAUCCCUGGUUCCCUCGUCCCAUCUCACCAGCCUCCUCCUCUCACAUUCAGUCAACGAGGGCUGGGGAGUGAGGAGCCAGAGCAGCAGACUGACUCGCACAGGGGGGGCUCUUCACUGACAGGAGGAAACAACACUGCGUACAUUUUGGAGCCAGAUUUCCACACCGGCACCCCUGUUGAUAUUUAUAUUUCAGUAUUUUUCAAGAUGGAUGUUCGUCUUCCACCUCGCUGCUUUGAAAUGUUCUUCUUCAUGAGCUUCCUCUGUGUCCUGCUGCCACCUUCUGACCUACAGUCCACAGCUAACGACAAAAACCCCACCUCAGUACCAGCACAGACCAGCUCCUCAGUGAAAAUCAUUCCUUCAAAACCUCAGACCAGCUCCCAGAAUGCUAUACUUACAAAACGAAGUCCUGCAGUUUCUGCAAAAGUUGGGCAAGAGCAAGUUUUAGCCAAUUACAGCCAGCCUGCCCUUGCCUUAGCUCCUCAAACCAGUAAUCAAAGGACACUAGGAGAUGCCAGCCACACUUCUGGACAUUCACCAGUUAAACUCUUGAUUUUGGAUACUUGCAUCGAGAAAGACAAACAGGGGGACACAGCCAACCUGACUCGGGGACACAGCCGAGAGGUGGACUUGGAGUCUGGUUCAUCGCUGAUUCUAACCCACAAGAUCAGCGUUGUCCCAGCAUCUUGCGCUGGGAGCUGCGACUCAGAAUUCUCUGCCCUGCAGAAGCGUUUGGAAAAGCUGGAGUUGGAGGUGUCCACCCUGAGGAGGAAAUGUGGGGGUCCUGAGAGCACCUGCCCUCCCCCACAGCGGGGAGGAGAGGAAAAUGCCGACGAGUGUCCAGAUGACUGCAGUGACCAAGGCCGGUGCGAGAGGGGAAAGUGCGUCUGCUUCCCUGGAUUCAGCGGGCCGGACUGCGGCACGUCCGCCUGCCCCCCCGGCGGCUGCGGCAAACGGGGCCGCUGUGUCCGUGGAAAGUGCGAGUGCGAUGCUGGCUUUUCGGGGGUGGACUGCACCCCCGUGUCUUGUCCCGGUAACUGCAGCAGCAAAGGCCGCUGUGUACGGGGGAGGUGUGUGUGUCACCCUGGGUACACUGGCCCCGACUGUAGCAGGUGCAAAGAUGGACACAGCGGGACUGAAUGUGACAGUGACAGUAGCAGGAGAGUAAUGACCACAAUGACCAUAGAAACCGUGACAAUGACGCUGACACCAGAAAAUGACACGAUCAAAGAAAAGAUACAUGGGAAGUUGGUCAAGACUAUACUCUCCAAAAAUGAGGGGAAGAAAAAUCCACAGAGAACAUGGAGGAGGGGAGAGGGGAGAGGAGAGAUGGAGAACGGCAGUAAAACCAAAGUGAGCUUGGAUCUCAAACCAGAUACUGCAAAAUCUCACAGUAAAGUGGAUUUGGGUCUGAAAUCAAAUACUACACAAUCACAGCCAAAACCGGACUUGGGUGUGAAAUCAAACACUACAAAAUCACAGCCAAAACCGGACUUGGGUGUGAAAUCAAAUACUACAAAAUCACACCCAAAACCGGACUUGGGUGUGAAAUCAAACACUACAAAAUCACAGCCAAAACCGGAUUUGGCCAAAACCGGACUUGGGUGUGAAAUCAAAUACUACAAAAUCACACCCAAAAGCAGACUCAGAUCUUAA